UCAGAUUGUGCCAGGCUUCAGGGUACGCAUUUUACCUGUUAUGGGAACCAUCCCUGCAAUUUUUGGGCAAGUGAUGGCAUCGUAUGUUGUGACCCAGCUUGCUGGACUGCAUGUUCUUACUGAACCAGUGGUAAAUCUGGACCUGAAUCACUACAAGAUGCUUCAUCAACGCCUUAUUGAGCAUGAAGAGCUAUUAUAUGGUUCAGCUGAGGAGGUCUUGGUUGGUGUUGAGGAGGUGCUCUACAUUGUGAAAGAAUUGUGGCACGGCCGAAGUGCAAGAGAUCAAUCAAGCAAAGAUGUUGGACGGAAAAUGUGGCGUUCUGUUAAUGAGUUGAUGCUUGUGAGGUGGGACAGAGAGAAACCAGCUUCAGUUUCAAAUUUGAUUCUUCUAAAAUUUGAAGAGGCAGAGGCACACGAGACGACUACUCUUGAAAACAUAAAGAAAGAGGAACCUGAAUUCUAUGACAUGGUUGUUGCGGUUCUAAGGAGGGCCAUCUUGGACUACAUGUUGUAAUAUGACAGGUCUGUUAGAUUGUAGAAUUCUGAGAUCUGUUAGGUGUUUUUUUGGUUUAAUAUUGUUUAGAUAAAAAUGUUAUCUAAAUAAUAAUUUUAUUUAUAUAGGAUGUUUAUCAAAUGCAAUAUGCUUAGCUUUACUUUUUCUUGACAAUGUAAUCUUAUGUAGAAAGCUUAAUGGUGAUUGAUCUUUUUUUCUUGUCA